UCCACUAUAAACACUAUGGCGUCCAACUAGCUUAAGUUUUAACCGUCUGGCGUCUAUAUUUAUAAUUUAACUCAUCGGUGAGUUAACGGUUACUGAAUAAGAACAAAAGUUUCUUAAAAUUAUCAUUAUUCGUAAUGAAAGAUAGUAUACUUCAUUUGAAGAUGAUGUAAGAAUAAGCAAAUCUCAAGUUUAAAAAAAUAAAAUGGAUUUAAACCCUGCACUCUCAGCAAGGUCUACUCCAUCAGCUCGAAAAUUAAUCAAACAGUCGGGUAGCCUUGAGAUAAUAAAAGGGGAUGCUAACACUGUGACAGCUUGCCAAAGUUCAAGUACUGGUUGUUUUAGCUCUGAUGCAUCAUCACGACCAUGGUCUAGGUCAAGUGUGGGUUCAGUUCCCCCAAGACCAGAAUCUGCUUCUGGUAGGGGUGUAAGUACACCAACGAAACAGAUUUCUUUACAAGCAGUCAGGCGAAAGGAUGAUAGCAUUUUUCCUUACAAUGACAAAGAUUUCAAAGUAUCUAAAUAUGACUUGCUGAUAAAAAAUACUUUGGAUAAGAUGGAACAUGCUGAUAAAUUACAACACUGGGAGGAUGAUCAGACCAGUCAAGGUCAAAAGUCCCAGCAUGCCACAAAGUUACGUCUGCCAGUUGAAAAUCUGCUUCAAGAAAAAGCUUUCAAAGAUGAGGAAUACAAAUUUGAUUUCAUCAGUAGUAUAAAUGUAAAAAAAGUUGGUAAUCUUAAAAUUGCUGAUGAUAAAGAAGAUUCUGAUGAAGACAAUAAAAGUGAUGGGGAAGAAUCUGCUCCUGUAGAAAGAAGAGCUCCAAAUGAACUUCUAAUGGAGUUUAUAGACUGCCUUAUGAAAAAGGACUAUAAAAAUGCUGAGAAGUUAUGUCAGAUGAUUUUGUUGUUUGAACCUAAGAAUCCUGAAGCAUUGAAAUUUCAACCAUUGUUGCAAAGAAAAUUAAAGCUUGAUGAAAGGGCUGCAUUGGCUGGAGAUGAUGAGGAUGAUGAUGAAAGCAGUAGUGAUGAUAGUGAUGAGGACAGCUUUGAUGACAGUGAUGAUAUGACAAGCUCUGAUGAAAGUACAGACUUGGAGGAAAAAGAAGAUAAAGAAAAGGAAUUGAACACAAUAUCUGAACAAUCAAAAGUGGCCCAGAAUCCUGCUAGAACUAUCCUUCAAAUGAUAUUUGGUGGCGACUCCCCUGAAUUUAUUAACCCAGAUACAAAAAUCGAUUUAGCAGAGGAGAUUAAAAAACUGGAUGAUUUUUAGAAGUGAAAAAGGAACAUAAAAAUAUAUAUGUAUGAAUACAUUCUCAACCUAUUGUACAUUUGUCUCAGUCAUAAUUGUUAUAAGUUUUAAUCAACAUGCUGAACCAGAUGUUGCAGCUUAUGUAAGUUAACACUUUGUUGGUUGUGCAAUCAAAUGUCAAUGUUUAUUCUGAACAAAAGUGUGUGGAUGUGUUCUUUUGAAUAAGGUUCAAUUUCUUCCAUACAUUUGAUUUAAAUUAUUAUUUUUUUAAAUUUAUUAAACUAAAAAUGCCAUUAAAACCGUUUUAAUGUUUUCAGUAGUGACAUGGGCAGAGUGACAAUUUAGCAAUGCAAUGAGGAUCCAAUUCAUAGUAUGGAGUAGGGUAGGGAAGGGGGCUGGCCAGAUGACAUAAUCAUAGAUAUAAAAAAUAAGAAAAAAAUUAUUAAGUGCCUUUUAGAGUAAUUAAUUGAUUUGUACUGUACAUCACUUUAGCCAAAUUGUUUACAAUGAACACAUUACUUGAAGACUAUUAUUAGAGAUAAUGAAUGCUAGCAACAAGAAUAAAAUUAAUACUUAUCACUUUUGCUCAAUCUAAUGAACAAAUAAAAACAUUAAAUUCACUGGUAUCAAGUUAUGGGUCAUUGAAUUUAAAAAAAAAAUUAAUUUAUGAAAUUUGUUUUCCCCCUAUCCCCUCGUAUUAAAGUUUAAAUUUCUUAUUAGCCAAUCUUUAUCUCAUGAACAUCUAUCUAGGUAACUAAUGUAUUUUAAGUUACCAGCUUUUAAAAUAAUGAGUAUUACAAAGAUUAGUUCACAAAUAUUAAUUACUAAGGCAUCUUUGUAGUUGACAGUAAAACCUGGGGACAUUUCAGAGACUAAUUGAAACUACGAAAUUAGAAAAAAAUGUAACUUGUUAAAGGCAUAUAUGUGUGUACCACUUUUUUUUCUCUUUUGGCAAGGCAUUUAACAUAAAAUCUGGUCCAAGUUAUUUUACAUUCGCAGCUUUGUAUUUAAAAGAAUGGAAAGAAUAAAUGAUAAGCAAACAAGCAAUCAAUGUAGCAGCAAAACAAUUGACUUUAAUGGCUGUCUGUCCAGAACAUUGACACAAUGUACAUGUGACCUAAUUCAAUGUUUAACAUAAUGACCUCUCUCUUCUCACAGUGGUUUCUAAUUGGACAAAAAAAAAAUAAAGUUCACAACUUGUCAGACUCACUCACUCUUAUAUUAAAGGAAGUCAUGGCUGGGUCAAGGCCACAAAGCCUCUAGUUGACAGUAGUAAAACUGAUCACAGAACUCUCUCAACUCCUAGUGUUAUAGUAGACAUGAGUUGUUGAAAUAAUUUAAUUUAAAAAAAAAACAACAAAAAAAAAAACAAAA